GUAACUUCAUUACAGUUUCUACUGUACCAAAGUCAAGAUGUUUCUCCUAGUAGCCCUAUGUCUAGUCGCAACCACGCUGGCUGCUCCAGCCAUCCCUGAUGCACCAUUGCUUCCAGCGAAGACGCACAUUAAAACAGUUCUGGCCUCCCCAUACAUCACUUACCCGGACCCAUCACGUUUCAUGAUGAUGAAAACCCUGGACAUGAGGAUCGAACCGGAGCCUAAAGAGGAGUACACUGAGCCAGAGCCGUAUGAAGAGCCAAAAGAAGAGCUCCCUGAGCCGAUUGAAGAGCCGAAGGAAGAACUCCCUGAACCGUAUGAAGAGCCGAAGGAAGAACUCCCUGAACCGUAUGAAGAGCCGAAGGAAGAAUUCACUGAGAUUGAAGAGCCGAAGGAAGAACUCCCUGAGAUUAUAGAAUCAAAGGAAGAAUUACUAGAAGAACCAAAAGAGCCCCUAUCUGAGCCCCCAAAAAACCCAGAACUCCCCAAACUUGAGACCAAGCCUGAGCCCGUCCUGAUCAACCUAGAAGUCCCCAAGCCUCCUUCUUUCGUCUCCAACUUCAUCAACGCCUUCCCUAGCUUCAGCAGCAUUCCGUCUUACAUAAGCAACUGGUUCAGUUCUAGCCCCAAGUCUUCUAAAAUUUUGUAUUCUCCUAUGUACUAUACUGGGUACCCGGGUGCUGUGAUCGUUGAGGCACCUAAUCUUUAACUUUCAUGUACCGAUCUUGUCAUUAGCUGUGCAAUAAAAUGAAUGAACUUUAGUACAAA